UGUAACACCGGGUGUGUGACAGCAGCCCCAAGGAGCUUGCAGAGAGAGUGGAGGCGACAGUCCAGGGUACAGUGAAAUGAAAGCGAAAAUCAACAGCAACCAGUCGGAUAAAAUCAGAUCUGCGAUGGAUGGGGGGCGACAUUUAUAAAAAGUGAAACCCUCCGACCUCGAGUCCUGCCUGCUCACGCGUUACGCAUCGCAGAUAAACAGAGUGGCUGUGCUGGCAUGAAUUGAUCUGCUCACCCUUGGUACAAUCCUCACUCCUGGGAUCAUCUUCACUUUCCCAUCGCCAUGCGGACCAACAGAGUUUACAAGCUUGUGAUUCACAAAAAGGGGUUCGGAGGCAGCGAUGACGAGUUGAUGGUGAACCCCAAGGUGUUUCCUCAGGUCAAGCUUGGGGAUAUAGUUGAGAUCGCACACCCCAACGAUGAGUACAGUCCGCUGCUGCUGCAAGUAAAAUCUCUCAAGGAAGAUCUCCAAAAAGAGACCAUCAGCGUUGACCAGACAGUGGCCCAGGCUUUCAGACUGAGACCGUAUCAGGAUGUCUACGUUAAUGGAGUUCAUCCAAAGGAUGUGACCCUUGACCUCGUGGAGCUGACCUUUAAAGACCAGUACAUCGGCAGAGGAGACAUGUGGCGACUAAAGCAGAGCCUGGUCAGUACAUGUGCCUACAUCACACAGAAAGUGGAGUUUGCUGGAAUCAGAGCUCAAGCUAGCGAGUUGUGGGUGAAAGGUGAAAAGGUGACAUGUGGCUACAUAAGUGAAGAUACCAGGGUUGUGUUCCGCUCCACCUCUGCCAUGGUCUAUAUCUUCAUCCAGAUGAGCUGUGAAAUGUGGGACUUCGACAUCUAUGGUGACCUGUAUUUUGAAAAGGCUGUCAAUGGCUUCCUGUCAGACCUGUUUGCUAAGUGGAAGGAUAAGAACUGCAGCCACGAAGUGACGGUGGUCCUUUUCUCCAGAACCUUCUAUGAUGCAAAGACCACAGAGGAGUUCCCCGAGGCCCAUCGCUCCUCCAUUCGGCAGGAUCAUGAAGGCAGGUUCUAUGAGGAUUUUUACAGGGUUGUGGCUCAGAACGAGAGACGGGAGGAGUGGACUACGUUGCUAGUGACCAUUAAAAAACUGUUUAUCCAGUACCCAGUACUGGUGCGACUCAAGGAAGCAGGUGGCUUUCCCAGCGGACACAACUCCACUGCAGCAGAAGGAAACUACUUGGAGGCCAUCAACCUCUCCUUUAACGUGUUUGAUAAGCACUACAUCAACCGAAACUUCGACCGCACUGGCCAGAUGUCAGUGGUGAUCACGCCUGGGGUGGGCGUGUUCGAGGUGGACCGGCUCCUCAUGAUCCUCACCAAGCAGCGCAUGAUCGACAACGGGAUCGGCGUCGACCUGGUCUGCAUGGGGGAGCAACCUCUGCAUGCAGUCCCACUCUUCAAGCUGCACAACCGCGCUGUUCCCGGAGACUCGCGCCUGGGAGACGACUACAAUCUGCCUCACUGGAUAAACCACAGUUUCUACACGUCGAAGAGCCAGCAGUCUUGUAACUACUUCACCCCGAGAAUCAAGCUGGCUGGAAGGAAGGUAGCGGUCCCAGUUGAAAAAGGCAAAAACGGCAAAGACCAGGCUCUUGCUGCUCCCAAGGAGUCGGAGAACAGCCUCCCCAUCCAGGUGGAUUACGAUGCUUAUGAUGCCCAGGUGUUCAGGCUGCCAGGCCCGUCUCGAGCACAGCGGAGCACCAACUUCAGGACGGUGCGUGAGCGGGACGCCAGCACCCGGAAGAGCUCGAGCUCGUGUGACGUGUCCAGCAGCCCGCCCCAGCCCGGCAAGCCCCUACCCCUGGAGGAGGUGCGCAGCCAGGCCUCCGACGACAGCCUGGGCAAGAUCUCCAACAUCCUGCUCAUCCCCCGGCUCCACCAGCACCAGUAUGAGGUCAGCAGCUCGCUGGGCUACACCAGCACCCGAGAUAUCCUGGAGAGGAUGAUGGACGCUCAGACUCGAGACUCCAGCGCUCCGGGCCGCUUCCACGUGGGCAGUGCCGAGUCCAUGCUGCACGUGCGGCCGGGGGGCUACACCCCACAGCGCGCCCUCAUCAACCCCUUCGCCCCCUCGCGCAUGCCCAUGAAGCUCACCUCCAAUCGCAGGAGGUGGAUGCACACCUUCCCAGUGGGCCCCUCCGGAGAGGCAAUUCAGAUCCAUCACCAGACCCGGCAGAACAUGGCGGAGCUGCAGGGGAGCGACCUGCGAGACCCCACCCAGUCCUCUGCAGAGCUGCUGGAACUGGCCUAUCACGAAGCUACUGGCAGACGGACUGCCGCUCGCCAGCAGGUGGAGAGCGGCCCAUACCCGGGGUGUGGAGGGAUGGACGAGUUCACCAGCAGCCCGGCCAGCAGCCACAGCACCGGGACGCCUGUAAACCGGGGAUCCUCUUUCGAAGACUCGACGUCUAGCAGCCCUGACCCAAUUCUGAUGCUGUCUGCUCCCCCUGUAGUGCCCAGUUUCUGUUGCACAGUGGGGGUAGACUGGAAGUCUCUGACCACACCGGCCUGUCUACCCCUCACCACCGAUUACUUCCCGGACAGACAGAGCCUCCAGAACGACUACACCCAGGGCUGCUACGAUUUGCUCCCGGAGUCCGACCUCGACAGGAGAGACGAGGAGGAGGCUCUGAUGACCGCCCAGCAGGUGUUUGAGGAGUUUAUCUGCCAGCGGCUCAUGCAGGGGUACCAGAUCAUUGUGCAGCCCAAGAACAAGAAGACAGCCCCCGCCACGGGACCCCCGCUCAGCAGCAGCCCGCUGUACUCCCGAGGGCUGGUGUCCCGUAAUAAGCCUGAGGAAGAGGAGGACCAGUACUGGCUGAGCAUGGGUCGGACAUUCCACAAGGUGUGCCUGAAGGACAAAAUCAUCACUGUCACCAGAUACCUUCCCAAGUACCCCUGCGAGUCAGCUCAGAUUCAGUACAGCUACAGCCUGUGCCCCUCGCACUCCAACGCAGAGUUCCUCCCCUGCUGGGUGGAGUUCUCUCACGAGAGGCUGGAGGAGUACAAGUGGAACUACCUGGACCAGUACAUCUGCUCGGCUGGCUCUGAGGACUUCAGCCUCAUCGACUCCCUGAAGUUCUGGCGCACGAGGUUCCUGCUGCUACCCGCCUGCAUCACGGCCACAAAGCGCAUCAUGGAGGGCGAGGCCCGCUGCGACAUCUACGGGGAGCGACCGCGCAGCGACGACGAGGAGUGGCAGCUGCUGGACGGGUUCAUCCGAUUCGUCGAGGGGCUGAACAGAAUCCGCCGCCGCCACAGAUCAGACAGGAUGAUCCGCAAGGGGGCUGCUAUCAAGAGUCUGCAGGUGACGGGCCCCAUCGCUGCGUACCCCUCGGAGCCCCCCGGACCCCCGCUAGGGAAGAAGGGCACAUCGGCGCUGUCUGCGCUGCUGGAGAUGGAGGCCAAUCAGAAGAGCCUGGAGGAGUAUCAGGCAGCCAUGCUGUCAGCGAAGAGCUCUGCACAGCUAAGUGACACGGCCGGUGUUGCCAUGACACCCACCUACAUGGACAGCCCCAGGAAGGACGGAGCGUUCUUUCUGGAGUUUGUCCGCAGCCCUCGCAAUACCUCCAUCUACCACCCCCAGAUCUUGAUGGAUCAGUUGGCGGUCGCAGGCAAUGCAACAGAGAGCGGUGCUGCGGUCCAACUGGGGGAGAGAUCCAGCUCGGCUGGCAGUGCGCAGAACUGCCAGAACACAGGGGAGCAGGGAGCAGCCUGGACCAGCGCCGGAGAGGGCAGCGCUCAGCCCUCUUCGGGAGUCUCCAGAUCACUGACGUCCUCUUCCACGCUAGCUGAGAUUUUGGAGGCCAUGAAGCACCCAGCCACUGGAGUCCAGCUUCUCCCUGAGCAGAAGGGCCUCCCUGCCCAUUGCUUCAUCAGUGCGGAGGUGGUGCACUGGCUGGUCAACAACGUUGAAGGAGUGCACACACAGGCCAUGGCCAUCGAUAUAAUGCAGAAAAUGCUGGAUGACCAGAUGAUCGUGCACGCCUCCGGAGAAGCCAUGCGAACGUUUGUGUACGGAUUCUACUUCUACAGGAUCGUCAUGGACAGAGACCCAGACAGAGUCCAGGGGAUCCAGCCGUCCACGAUCUGGUACACGGCUGCCAUGGAGGACUUCGCCCUGUUCCAGAGGAAGUGGUUUGAGGUGGCUUUUGUUCUGGAGGAGAGGCUGCACUCUGAAAUCCCUGUGUUCUUCCUGCCGUGGCUGCCCAGCCGGCCCGCGUCCUAUGCAAGUAGGCACAGUUCCUUCAGCCGCAGUUUCGGAGGACGGAGCCAGGCAGCUGCUUUAUUAGGUAGAUGCACGGACCGGGCGGCAAGGGGCUGCGAGGGGGCUACUCUGCAAGGGGACGGUCUCACAUGGACAGCGCUGUCCAAAACAAACAAACAAACCAACUUCCGAUCGUUCAUUUGGCAGUUUGACUCUUUGAAUGCCGCGUCUGCUUCACUGGUGAUCCUUAUAAAAAUGUUAAAAAAAAACAAAAAAAACAACACAAUUGCAGUUUUGAUUCGACAAGCUGCACAGAUGGUGUGUGUAGGUACAGUUCAGGUCAGUCAGGUCAGGAGUGCAUGGGUUGAGUGGGGGCAGUUAGUAUAGAACAGAGGUGGGCAGUUCAGUUCCUGGAGGGGCAUUCUACCUAGUUAUCUGCUUUAGGUCCUGGCUGGAGGGUUAAUUGUUUCAAUGAAACAAUUUGUAACAGCUGGAACAGAGAAGUGCUCUGGAAGGUCCAGAGUUGCCCAUCCCUGCUUCCACUGACCCACAACCACUGUUUUAUACAGUCUGGUUGCAUUUGCACAAUGUAAAAGCGUGUUUUUUGGGGGUUUUUUUCUGUCGUUCGUUUUGGUUACAGAUCCAGUUCUCGUGCUGUUCUGGAACAAGUCUGUUUAAAACCUGAAAGCUUUCAGACAAGUGAACAAGUGGUCCAGAUCCCCCACAGCUGCUUCCUUUAACUGAUUUGCAGAGAGCAGACUGGCCUUUUUAAAGGGGUGCUUGCUUGCAUCUUCAAUUCCGUUUCCUCUCCAAUCACAGCACAGAGAGGCAGGAACACUGAGUCUUUUUGAAGUGAAUGCACCUUUAAGGGAAUGGUGCCAGUAAAUCAUUUGAAGAGGUUCUGGACAGGCUGCGAUCAGGUUAAAUCAAUAUUGCAAAGGGGGUUGGGGAGAGAAUGCUGCCAUUCAGUCCAUUUGUCUAGUUUAGAAAGGAGGUGACUCUUCCAGACUGCAGUGUUGUGGGGUUACAUGUUUGCUAAAGUAGGGCACUGCUUUGUAUCUGUCUUUUUUUUUUUCUCAUGAUGUGCAGUUUUGGAAAGGGCCUGCAUGGAUUGAUAGUCGUAUGGCAAUGCUUCUCAUGAAAUCUCCUGCCGUUGUUUUAACAUUGUCGCGGUUCGAAGCCCAGCAGAAAAACAGCCAAGGGUGUUUCAUCCAGAUCAGAAAACGCUCAGCAGCUGUGUGUUUUCAAAGAGGAAAAAUAUCACAGAGUCAGCAUAAGAGUACCUGCAAGAACACAGGAACCAUUCAUUGAGUUACCUGGAAUUGUCCUUGUAGACAAAAAGGGAGGGGGGUGGGGAACUUGCACAAGAAAUAAUGAGUCACAAAACUGCCCUCCACACCUAUCUGUGCAUUGGAUGACACUCCCCUGUGAGGGGCAAAAAAAGCCCAAGAGAGAUUUGUAUUGGUAUUAAGCUGAUCGCUACCAUUGAAGCAGACCUCCUUCCUGCUAAUAACAGCUUGAGAGAGCUUUACUAAUGACUACCGCUAAGCCCCUGCCCUUCUGAAGAGCUGUCAUUGCCAUUGCAGCAAACCAGUCCAAUCCGUCCCAACGAUACAUUGAGCUCCCAUGGGUCCUGAUGCCCUGGAGGGAUCAUCUCAAGGGGAACAAGGCAGUGGUGGGAAUGCAACAGCGACAGAAAACACGAGCGAUGCGAUUACCAUGAGGGGUAUUCAAACCAAUACGAACAAAUACAGCAAAGAGAACAUGCGAAAAUGCAUUGGGUGCUAAACGUUGAUGAAAACGCCUAGUAUUCUAAAUGUCUGUGAAAACGCCUGUAUGCAUGCAGUGUAUAUGCUGUUGAUGCCUACCACAUGUUUAUAGAAUUGCAGAAUUGAAAACAUUUACUGCAGUGAGUUUAGAAAGCGGUUUGUUUUCUGUUUUAGUCAGUGCCGAGGUUGUGUGCGUGCAGGAGAGGAGAAUGGGGUGCCGUGUACACGUCCUGUUCUGCUGUGCGUUGCUGAGUUUCAGGUUUCAGAGCAGCUCCAGGCAGUCUCAGUGUCUGUCUCUGCUCUGCAGGAACACACACACACACACAGACCCCUCAAACCUGGCACUAACAGAGAGCAUCCUCACCCAUCAUGCCAGUUUAACAAGCAGCCCAUGCCAGAUCGAUAUCCCAUAACUACAAACACCCCAUCAGGACUUCUGAGGUAACGCUGUGAGAAAACCAGUCUGCAGUCCACUUGGGGGGUCAUACUUUCAGAGCCUUUUACUCCAGUCUUUUCCAUAUAUAUUUACUCCUAUUUUAUAAAAACCCUUUUUAAUUCAACUGUUACACAGCGAGAAGCACACAAAUGCCUGAGCUGAUGUAACUGAGUGUUUUGUGGAAGAAGCCUGCAUGGUAACGGCUUUGAGAAUAUGCCAUUAGAUUCUGCCAGGGAUACCUCUGAUUCCAGCACACUCCAUCUCCAUCUCGAAAGUCACUUUGUAACAUUGUCACUCCUCCCACUCCACGAUGCAGUGCUGCUACCAUGGUUUAAUACUGCAGUCCUAUUUCUUUUAUUCUGUUUAGAUUUUCCAAAAUCAUUUUAGUCGUGUAGCGUCACGUGAUACCGGUUGCCAUGACGCUACUUGCAUCUCUGCACCGCUCGGAGAUGUGUAACCAUCACCAUAGCAACCAACCUCACGCUGGUUGAGUCAGUAUCUAGCACAAGCCGAGUGCUUUCGCUGUUCUAGUCAGUACAUCAUCCAGAGCUGUUCAAUUCAAUGGCAGUCGUUUUGGCUAGAUAAUUUGUCUUUCUUCAGUGUCUUUCACUUGCCAUUGCUGCGUUACAAGCUUUACAGUAGGAUGGGAGGGAGCUUGUUCCCCUUUGCAGUGUCCCGGUGUCCUGCUGGCCUUUGUCAGUGUGCAGCUUUCCUAACCCGAUUGCAUCUUCAUCUCCAUGUGACCCCGUCAGCCGUCUCUCUUGCCUCUGACUGGUCCCCCCGCAGCCCAGCGACAGCCUGUGAAGUGGACCUGCAUGCUGAGUGGAGGUGUGCUGGCUCUAACGCCAAGAACAGCACCCACAGUCUCCCACUGCAAAUCAAACCCUAAUCCUCCCUCCCCUGGAGUCGUGCAUGCUUACUGUAGGAGUGCAGAGUCACUCUCUAGUAGUGUUGUGGUCUGUGAAUCCUCUAAUUCUCCUUGUUGAUUUCUAUUGUUAUUCUUCAUGUUUGUAUCUGAUUGUAUAGUGCAUACAGUCAGUCCACCUGUCUGUAGUUACCCCCAGUGGGUAUGUAUGUAUAUUGAGGCGGCAUCUUUGCAAAAAUUCAUCACAGAAAAAAAAAAAAAAAAGGUUAUGCAUUGUUAGUUUAUUUUGGUGUGUCAUUGAAGACCCCAUAAAAUCUUUACCAGAGCAUCCUGAGAGACACUGAAUGCACUUUAGACAGGUGGACAAACUCACCGUACAGAUCAGUUAUUGGCUUCUGGCCCUAAUUAGUUUGCAAAUGGGUGUUGCAAAUGUUUAAUGAAAUGUCUUGUCGAUGGUUUAAAACAUCCUCUG